UUGUGAUAGUCACGUGAUAGUGCCGCUCGGAAAGGCUGGUCACGUGACCCAGGUGAAGAUGGCGGACUCGGAGAUGUGUGUCAGGAGCAGUCGAGAGUUAUGGACGAUCUUGCUUGGGAGAUCUGCACUCCGAGAACCAGGCCAAAUCGAAACGGAGUUGAAUCGGAACUGGGAGAGAAUUCUGCAGGGUCUGUUCUUCUACAAACCUCCCAGCACGUCGGCCGCCGACAAACUGAAGGCUGAUAAAGACACACCGCAGGCUCUCAAAGACUUCGGACUAAGAAUCAGUAAACUGCUGGGUUUGGAUGAACAGCAGAGUGUUCAGAUUCUUCAGUGUUACCUCCAAGAAGACUACAGAGGGACUCGAAACACACUAAAGGCUGUGCUAAAGGAUGAGAGACAGAGUCAAGCCCUGCUGCUGAAGAUAGGCGAUUAUUACUAUGAAGAGAGACUGUGUGUGCUACGCUGCGUGCUUCACCUCCUCACAUACUUCCAGGAUGAGAGACAUCCGUACAGGGCGGAGUACUCAAGCUGUGUGAGUAAACUGGAGAAAGAUCUGGUGUCCAGCUACAGGAAGCAGUUUGAGUUUCUGUCCAGAUCAGAAGCGCCGACAUGGGAGACGCAUGGAAAUCUGAUGAUGGACAGGCAGGUGUCACGCUGGUUCGUUCAGUGUCUAAAAGAGCAGGCCGUGUUGCUGGAGAUUAUGUUCCUGUAUUACGCCUAUUUCGAGAUGCCGCCCAAUGACCUUUUGAUCUUCACGCGCCUGUUUAAGGAGCAGGGUUUUGGACAGCGCCAGACAAAUCGACACCUUGCGGACAAGAGCAUGGAUGCUCUUGUUGAGCGCAUUGGGUAUUUUAGCUCUCUGAUUCUCGUGGAGGGGAUGGACGUUGACUUCCUGCAUAAAUGUGCUUUGGAGGACCGAACCGAACAGCAUCAGUUUUAUGAGCAGCAGGAUGUUUGCAAGGAGGUGGAUCAGAUGCUUUUGACGUUUGGUGACAUCUCUCAUCACGGCCCGGUUAUGUUGGCCUGGGUUCUGCUGCGACACACACUUCGUCCAGAGGAGGUCGGCUCGGUGAUCAGACGUCUGGGACACACCACGCUGCAGCUGGAGGUCUUUCAGUAUCUCACGAACAUGCUGCAGGAGUUUGGCAGCACGGGAAAUAAUUGCACAGCCAGCACUGCACGCAUGUGUAUUUAUGGCCUCUUGUCUUUUGUCAUCACGUCUUUUGAGGAAGACACACUUGGCAGCCAACAGCACUUGAUCAACGCAGCGUGUGAAGUCCUCGCUGCUCCGAGUCUGGCUGAACUGUUCUGGGAAUCGAAGCCGAACAUGGGUCUGGGUGUGAUUCUGGACAGCGCCGUGGGUGUGUUUCCAUAUAAGACUGGACCACUGCUACAGCUGCUCACAGGCCUGCUGUCUGACAAAUCUACUGCUAAAAAGGUGUACACCUUCUUAGAUAAGAUGUCCUUCUACACUGAGACUUAUAAGCACAGACCCAAUGACGUGAUCUCCAGAGAGGAUGGGACUCUGUGGAGGAGACAGACUCCCAAACUGCUCUAUCCGCUGGGUGCGGGGCAGACGAACUUGAGGAUGCCUCAGGGCUGUUUCGGGCUGGUGUGUGAAGAUAAGCAGCUGUCUGUAGGUGAACAGGGUUUCCUGGUGCGCUGGGAAUAUUCGUACAGCUCCUGGACUCUCUUCACCUGUGAGAUAGAGAUGCUGCUGCAUGUCGUCUCUACAGCAGAUGUUCUGGCACACUGUGAGCGAGUCAAACCCAUAUUGGAUCUGGUUCAUAAGAUAAUCAGCACCGAUUGGACAGUUUCUGACUGUCUGCUGCCCCUUACUUCACGAAUCUACAUGCUGCUGCAGAGGUUGACCUCUGUCAUUAACCCCCCAGUUGAUGUCAUCACUUCCUGUGUGAACUGCCUGAUCGCUCUGGCCGCUCGGCAGCCUGGAAAGGUCUGGUCCAGUCUGCAUCAUACUGGUUUCCUUCCCUUUGCCUCCAGCCCUCUGAACAACAUGGCACAGACCAUCAGUGCAGAGGGCAUGAAGGCUGGUAACUACGGCAACCUGCUGGUUUUGAUAGAACAGCCCAGAGGAGAGUACGGCGUGACCAUCGCCUUCCUGAGAUUGGUGACCACACUGGUCAAGGGUCAGCUGGGCAGCACUCAGAGCAGAGGACUCAUCCCCUGUGUGCUGCUGGUCCUGAAGGAAAUGCUUCCGACUUAUCAUAAGUGGCGCUACAACACGUAUGGAGUCCGAGAGAGGAUUGGGUGUCUCAUUCUAGAGCUGGUUCAUGCUAUUCUCAAUCUGAAUCAGGAGGGGGAGUCAGAGGGCAGUGCCCCCAGUCUUCAGUCACUGUGUAUUUAUAGUCUGGCCAACACGGAGGCUGGGCAGGCCGUGGUCAACAUCAUGGGUGUGGGAGUGGACACCAUCAACAUGGUGCUAGCAGCACAGCCCAGCAGCGGUGGUUCUGAGGGACCUGGUCAGGUUCUGAUCCAGACUGUGAAGUUGUCAUUUUCUGUCACCAAUAAUGUGAUCAGACUCAAACCCCAGUCUGACACGGCAUCACCCCUGGAGCAAGCUCUGACACGGCACGGUGGUCAUGGCAACAACCUGAUCGCUGUGCUGGCCAAGUAUAUUUACCACAAGCAUGACCCUGCACUGCCCCGACUCGCCAUCCAGCUGCUAAAGAGACUCGCCACGGUGGCUCCCAUGUCUGUGUACGCAUGUCUGGGCAGCGAUGCCGCUGCUAUCAGAGACGCAUUCCUCACACGACUGCAGAGCCGGACUGAAGACAUGCGCAUUAAAGUCACCAUACUGGAGUUUCUCACUGUUGCUGUGGAAACGCAACCUGGACUCAUUGAGCUCUUCCUUAACCUGCAGACCAAAGAUGGCAGCGACGGGGCAAAGGAGUUUUCUCUGGGUGAAUGGAGUUGUUUGUCAGUGGUGUUGGAGUUGUUGGACUCUAAGCAGCAGGGGAAGUAUUGGUGUCCUCCACUCCUGCAGAGGGCAGCGCUGGCCUUCCUCCACGCGCUCUGGCAGGACCGACGCGAGAGCGCCCUCUCUGUGCUCAGGACCAAAGAGAAAUUCUGGGAGAAUCUCACCGCUCCUUUAUUUGGAAACUUGCCUCCCCCAUCUGAGACCACUGAGCCGUGUGUUCUGGAGUCUUGUGCUUUUGUGAUGAAGAUAAUUGGUCUUGAGAUCUACUAUGUUGUCAGUGGUGUGUUGGAUCCGUCUCUGAAAGCAGCUCUGGAGAGUUUUAGUAGCAAGCGUCGCUAUGAGUUCUGGUCGGAUUAUGUUCGUGAUCUGGUGUGUUUGGCGUGUGAUGGUGAGGAGGAAGGUCUGCGCUCUCUCUCUGAGUCUCAGAUGCUCAUAUCUGCCUGGAGGACCUUGUUAAUACUCUCCACCAGCCACCGUGAGGUGAUGCAUUUAAAGGACGAUUCUGUUAGACAGAAGCUCUUCAUGGAUGUUUUGGAAGGAACCAAAGCAGCACUGCUGAUGUCUCAGUCUGUCUUCUGUCUGCGUCUGGGCUCAAUGAUGGUCACACUACUCCUCAUCCUCCUCAAACAGUGGAAAAGUGUGCUGAUAUCUGCUCCAGCUCUGCUCCCUCCUCUGUCUCUGAUGUUGGAAAGCGUCCUGCACGCUGAACAACAGCUCAUGGACCGAACCAAAGCCAAACUGCUGUCUGCCCUCAUCUUAGCCCUGCAGAUACAGGGACUCAACGGAGGAGAGAUUACCCAGCUGCCCCAGCUGCUGUUGUGCGUGUGUGAGAUGGUUCAGGACGAGGCGCUGGCAUUGAUUGACAGCACACGUCACAUGAUCCAGAGGGGAGACAUUCAGGAAGACAGUAUGGAGACAGACAGCCCUGUCCAGAAAGACCAGCGAGACUCAGUGUGUGUGUUAGCUCUUCAUCUGUCUAAAGAGUUGUGUCGGGCGGAUGAGGAUGGUGAACAGUGGCUGCAGGUGGUGAGGAAGCUGCCGGUUCUGCCAUCGGCUCUGAGCGCUUUAGAACUGAGCCUGCGCUCCAAACAGAACCUCUACUUCACUGAGGCCGCACUGCACCUGCUGCUCACGCUCGCUAGAACACCACAGGGGGCAGCAGCUGUUGCUGGCGCAGGAGUAAUUCAGAGCAUCUGUCUUCCUCUCCUCAGUGUGUAUGAGGGUCCAGCUAAUGGAGCAACACAGGCGUUUGUGCGUAAGUCUCAAGAUGCUCCCAGCUGGCCGGGUGUGUACAGGUUGAGUUUAUCUUUGAUGGAAAGUUUGCUAAAAACACUUCGUUACAACUUCAUCAAUGAAGCGCUGGACUUUGUGGGGGUGCACCAGGAGCGCAUACUGCAGUGUCUGAACGCGGUGAGGACGGUUCAGUCUCUGGCAUGUCUAGAUGAAGCUGAUCACACUGUGGGCUUCCUGCUCCAGCUCUCUAACUUCUGCAAAGAAUGGCACUUUCACCUGCCACAGCUGCUCAGAGACGUACAGGUGAAUCUGUGUUAUCUGUGCCAGACGUGUACGUAUCUCCUCCACAGCAAGAAAAUGCUUCAUCAUUACUUGCAGGCAAAGAAUGGGGAGGGGCUUCCUCAGGGACCACACCCCCACGGUGCAGCCCAGCUCGCCUUCAAAGAGCAGGUGAGCGGUGAGAGAGAAGAGGCGGAGUCUAAAGCCCUGCAGGCGGUUCAGUGCAGCCUGUUAAAGAUUCUCAGCAAAACACUGGCGACGCUACAACACUUCACACCAGACUGCUGUCAGAUAUUAUUGGAUCAGUCCAUGGACCUUGCGGAGUACAGAACUCUCUUUGUGUUAAGUUUCUCGACUCCUGCUUUUGAUUCUGAUGUGGCGCCGUCAUUUGGAACGCUGCUGGCAACUAUUAAUGUGGCUCUGAGCAUGCUGGGAGAGAUUGAAAAGAACAAGGAACCAGUUGUUUCAUCUGAAGACACACAAGCUCUAAAGUCAUUGUUGAUGUUCUCGAUGGAGAACUGCUUCUAUGUGUUGAUCUCUCAGGCGGUUCGCUGUUUGAAGGAUCCUUCAGUUCUGCCCAGAGACAAGCAGAGACUAAAACAGGAGCUCAGCUCUGAGCUGAGCACACUGUUGUCAACGUUAUUCCGGUAUUUCCGACGAGGUUCCCCCUCCUCACCCGCCGGUCUGCUUCCUUCACCACAAACCAAACUACCCACGCCAGGAUCCAAGGGCACGCCAGAGGGACAGGAGCCGUUUAUUCAGCUUGUCCAAGCUUUCGUCAGGCACGUUCAACGCUAGACCAGACCUCAGACUUGCAGCUCUCAUGAGCGAUUAGUACUUGAAAAAGAGAAGAGCUGAAUGACUUUGAAAAGGAAUCUUUACACUUGACAACAGUGAAUCAGUUUUUCACCAGACCUUCUGGUGCCAAAGUCCCUCUGGACGACACAGCUUUCCUAUUUAAAAGCAGUUAAUUUUCCCUCAUAAAAACAGAAGCCAAUGAAAACUGUUAUCAUACUCAUUUAAAUGUUUUUUUCAAGGUCCUUUGUAGUUACAUGUAUAUAAUUAACAAACAUGUUACAGACUUUGUCACAUGUCAUAGGCUUUUUGUAUUCAACUUUUGUAUGUGACAGUUGUCGUAUAUUUGUCUUGUUAACCAAAAUAAACUGAAAAACAUA